AUGUUCGCCACGCUCUUCACCGUCGCCUCCCUCGCGAUCCUUGCUGCCGCCACCCCCACCCCCGGUGGGGAGCCCGCGUCGUCCUGCAGCACGGGGCCCAUCCAGUGCUGCGACUCGGUCCAGAAGGCCGACAGCGCCGCCGCGGCUGGCAUUCUCGCGGCCAUUGGCGUCGUCGUCCAGGACGUCACCGCACAAGUAGGCCUCACCUGCUCGCCCAUCACCGUCGUCGGUGUCGGCUCCGGCAGUUCUUGCUCUGCUCAGGCUGUCUGCUGCGAGGACAACUCACACGGCGGCCUCAUCUCCAUCGGUUGCGUCCCAGUCACGCUCUAG